CUGCUUCCGCUUGCGCCGCCCCCUCCCAAUUGGUUUCCGCGCGCGCGAAAAAGCCCGGGUCUCGCUCCGAGCUGUCCUGUCGUCUGCAACCUGCAAGAUGCCAGCACGAACCGCUCCAGCCCGAGUGCCUGCGCUUGCCUCCCCGGCAGGCUCGCUCCCCGACCAUGUCCGCAGGCGGCUCAAAGACUUGGAAAGAGAUGGCUUAACAGAAAAGGAGUGUGUGAAAGAGAAAUUGAACUUACUGCAUGAAUUCCUGCAAACAGAAAUAAAGAGCCAGUUGUGUGACUUGGAAACCAAAUUACAUAAAGAGGAAUUGUCUGAGGAAGGCUACCUGGCUAAAGUCAAGUCCCUCUUAAAUAAGGAUUUGUCCUUGGAGAACGGAGCACUCUCUCUCACUCAAAAAGCCAACGGUUUUCCUGCCAACGGGAGGCGGCCAACCUGGAGAGCAGAAAUGGCAGACUCAAACCGAUCCCCAAGAUCCAGGUCCAAGCCUCGGGGACCCAGGAGAAGCAAGUCGGACAGUGAAGCCAUUUUUGAAAAAGAAACUUCGUCUAGUCCAGCGGCUGCAAGGAGAACCACCAGGCAGACCACCAUCACGGCUCACUUCAUGAAGGGACCCGCCAAACGGAAACCCAAGGACGAAUCUGAAAAGGGAAACUCAGAUGAAUCUGUUGCAGAGGAGAGAGACCAGGAUAAGAAACGCAGAGUUGCAGGCACAGAGCGUGAUGCUGGAGUUUCUGUGGAGAAACUGGAAGGAGUAAUGCCAGGAACCCAGCUGUGUCAGGAAGAGCAAGGUGAACAGGAAGAUGACAGGAGUCUUCGACGUCACACCAGAGAGCUAGCGUUGAGGCGGAGAUCAAGGGAUGAACCAGACAGAGAAGCAAGACCAGGAACUCACUUGGACAUGGACGAUGACGAAGAAAAGGAUAAAAGAAGUUCCAGGUCCAGAAGCCAACCCAGAGAUCUAGCUGCCAAACGGAGACCCAAGGAAGGAGAACCAGAGCAGGUAGCUCCAGAGACUCCUGAGGACAGAGACGAGGAUGAACGGGAGGAGAAGAGACGAAAAACGACACGGAAAUCGCUCACCGUUCCCGUACAGAGCAGAGCGGAGAGGAAAGCCGCUCAAAGCAAAAGUGUGAUCCCAAAGGUCAACUCGCCAAAGUGCCCUGAGUGUGGCCAGUACCUAGAUGACCCGAAUCUGAAGUACCAGCAGCACCCUGAGGAUGCUGUGGAUGAACCCCAGAUGUUGACCAGUGAGAAACUGUCCAUCUACGACUACGACUCCAACUCCAACUCAGUUCACUGUGACGAGUAUGAUUCCUCUCCCAUGCAUAAGAUAACUUACUUCAGUGUGUACUGCAGUCGAGGUCACCUGUGUCCUGUCGACACUGGUCUUAUUGAGAAGAACGUUGAACUCUACUUUUCUGGUUGUGCCAAAGCAAUCCAUGAUGAUAAUCCAUCUAUGGCAGGUGGUAUCAAUGGCAAAAAUCUCGGGCCAAUCAAUCAGUGGUGGCUCAGUGGCUUUGAUGGUGGUGAGAAGGUGCUCAUUGGCUUUUCCACUGCAUUUGCUGAAUACAUUUUGAUGGAUCCCAGCAUCGAGUAUGCACCAAUAUUUGGGCUGAUGCAGGAGAAAGUUUACAUCAGCAAGAUUGUGGUUGAGUUCCUGCAAAACAAUCCUGAUGCUGUGUACGAAGACCUGAUCAAUAAGAUUGAGACCACCGUUCCUCCUUCUAUCGUUAAUGUGAACCGGUUCACAGAGGACUCCCUCCUACGCCAUGCCCAGUUUGUGGUGAGCCAGGUAGAGAGUUAUGACGAAGCCAAGGACGAUGAUGAGACCCCCAUCUUCUUGUCUCCCUGUAUGAGAGCCCUGAUCCAUUUGGCUGGUGUCUCCCUGGGACAGAGGCGAGCAACAAGACGCAACAUCACUGGCUCUGCCAAGGAUAAGGACAAAGCGCCCACAAAAGCCACUACCACCAAGCUGGUCUAUCAGAUCUUUGACACUUUCUUCUCAGAGCAGAUUGAGAAGUAUGACAAGGAAGACAAGGAGAAUGCCAUGAAGCGCCGCCGGUGUGGCGUCUGUGAGGUCUGUCAGCAGCCUGAGUGUGGGAAGUGCAAGGCGUGCAAAGAUAUGGUUAAGUUUGGUGGCACGGGACGGAGUAAACAAGCUUGCCUCAAGAGGAGGUGUCCUAACUUGGCCGUGAAGGAGGCAGACGACGAUGAAGAAGCUGAUGAUGAUGUGCCAGAGAUGCCAUCACCCAAAAAGUUGCACCAAGGGAAGAAGAAGAAGCAGAAUAAGGACCGCAUCUCCUGGCUUGGGCGGCCUGUGAAGAUUGAAGAGAACAGAACUUACUAUCAGAAGGUGAGCAUUGACGAGGAGACACUGGAGUUGGGCGACUGUGUCUCGGUCAUUCCAGAUGAUUCCUCCAAACCACUCUAUCUUGCCAGGGUCACAGCUCUCUGGGAAGACAGGAAUGGGCAGAUGAUGUUCCAUGCACACUGGUUCUGUGCUGGAACAGACACAGUCCUCGGUGCCACCUCUGACCCCCUGGAGCUGUUCCUGGUGGGCGAGUGUGAAAACAUGCAGCUUUCCUACAUCCACAGCAAGGUCAAGGUCACCUACAAAGCACCUUCUGAAAACUGGGCCAUGGAGGGAGGCACGGACCCUGAGACCAAAUUGCCCGGAGAGGAAGAUGGGAAGACUUACUUCUACCAGCUCUGGUACAACCAGGAAUAUGCAAGGUUUGAGUCCCCACCCAGGACCCAGCCGACAGAGGACAACAAGCACAAGUUCUGCCUAUCUUGUAUCCGGCUAGCUGAGCUGAGACAAAAAGAAAUGCCCAAGGUCCUGGAACAACUUGAGGAGGUGGACGGCCGGGUCUACUGCAGUUCUAUCACCAAGAAUGGUGUUGUCUACCGACUGGGUGACAGUGUAUACCUUCCUCCUGAGGCCUUUGCUUUCAACAUCAAAGUGGCCAGCCCCGUAAAACGCCCAAAGAGGGAUCCUGUGAACGAGACCCUGUACCCCGAGCAUUACCGAAAGUACUCUGACUACAUCAAGGGAAGCAACCUGGACGCUCCUGAACCCUACCGCAUCGGUCGGAUAAAAGAGAUCCACUGUGGCAAGAAGAAAGGCAAGGUCAACGAGGCAGACAUCAAGAUCAGGCUCAACAAGUUCUACAGGCCUGAGAACACCCACAAGUCCACCAAGGCGAGCUACCAUGCUGACAUCAAUCUGCUUUACUGGAGCGACGAGGAGGCUGUGGUGAACUUCAGCGACGUGCAGGGCCGCUGUUCCGUGGAGUAUGGAGAAGACCUGCCUGAGAGCAUCCAGGAUUACUCACAGGGUGGCCCUGACCGCUUCUACUUCCUCGAGGCCUACAACUCAAAGACCAAAAGCUUUGAAGACCCACCAAACCAUGCCCGGAGCCCCGGAAACAAAGGGAAAGGGAAGGGGAAAGGGAAAGGGAAGGGAAAGCAUCAGGUAUCGGAGCCCAAGGAGCCUGAGGCAGCCAUCAAACUGCCCAAGCUUCGGACCCUGGAUGUGUUUUCUGGCUGUGGAGGGUUAUCGGAAGGAUUCCACCAAGCAGGCAUCUCAGAGACACUGUGGGCCAUCGAGAUGUGGGACCCGGCAGCCCAGGCAUUCCGGCUGAACAACCCCGGCACCACAGUGUUCACGGAGGACUGCAACGUGCUUCUUAAGCUGGUCAUGGCCGGUGAGGUGACCAACUCUCUGGGCCAAAGGCUGCCACAGAAGGGCGAUGUGGAGAUGCUGUGUGGUGGGCCACCCUGCCAGGGCUUCAGUGGCAUGAACCGCUUCAACUCCCGUACUUACUCCAAGUUCAAAAACUCCCUGGUGGUCUCCUUCCUCAGCUACUGUGACUACUACCGGCCUCGAUUCUUCCUUCUGGAGAAUGUCAGGAACUUCGUGUCCUACAGACGCUCCAUGGUGCUGAAGCUCACACUGCGCUGCCUGGUCCGCAUGGGCUACCAGUGCACCUUUGGUGUGCUCCAGGCUGGACAGUAUGGUGUGGCCCAGACACGAAGGAGGGCCAUCAUCUUGGCUGCAGCCCCAGGAUGGUUCCAGAGGCAGCUGCGGGGAACACACUACCAACCCGUCCUCAGGGACCAUAUCUGCAAGGACAUGAGCCCACUGGUGGCCGCCCGCAUGCGGCACAUCCCACUGUUCCCAGGAUCGGAUUGGCGUGACCUGCCCAACAUACAAGUGCGGCUAAGAGAUGGCGUCAUCGCCCACAAGCUCCAGUAUACCUUCCAUGAUAUGAAGAACGGCUACAGCAGCACCGGUGCCCUGCGUGGGGUCUGCUCCUGUGCAGAAGGCAAGGCCUGCGACCCUGAUUCCAGACAAUUCAGCACCCUCAUCCCCUGGUGCCUGCCGCAUCACCGGGUUGUGAGCGUGCGGGAAUGUGCCCGCUCCCAGGGCUUUCCAGAUACCUACCGGUUCUUCGGCAACAUCCUGGACAGACACCGGCAGGUGGGUAAUGCUGUGCCACCACCCCUGGCCAAAGCCAUUGGCCUGGAGAUUAAGCUCUGUCUGCUGGCCAGCGCUCAGGAGAGUGCCUCAGCUGCAGUUAAAGCUGAGAAGACAGAAGAGGCUGCUACCAAGGACUAGUGCUCUCACCCAGAGCCCCAUGUGCACUGAUGUUUUUAACCCUUUGAGCCCCAUCAUUUGAAGUCUUGUGCUCAGUGUCUGUGGCCAUGGCUGACACUAAGCUGUUUGUAUGAGGUUUGUUCUGUGACCAAGCCGUGUAGUACUUUGUGCAUUCUGAAUUUUAAGGUUUUGUUUUGGUUUUUGGUUUUUUUUUUUU